GGGCCGCGCGUGCGCAGUGCGCCCUCUGGCGGCGCGGCGGAAGAUGGCGGCGGGCGGCUCGUCGCGGCCCCCGGAGCGGCGGCAGGACCCGCUGUCCCGCCUCACCUGCCCCGUGUGCCUCGAGGUGUUCGACAGCCCCGUGCGCGUCCCCUGCGGACACGUGUUCUGCACGCCCUGCCUGCAGGAGUGUCUCAAGCCCAAAAAGCCAGUGUGUGGUGUGUGCCGCAGCACCCUGUCCCCUGGGAGCAGGGCUCUGGACCUGGAAAAGCAGAUUGAAACCACAGAGACUACUUGCAAUGGCUGCAAUAAAAAGAUGUUCCUCUCCAAGAUGCGCAGCCACGCGGCCUCGUGCUCCAAGUACCAGAAUUACAUCAUGGAAGGCGUGAAAGCUGUGACUAAAGAGCCCCUCCACAACACCAGGAACUUCCCAAAUCGCUUCACCUUUCCUUGUCCGUAUUGCAGCGAGAAAAACUUUGACCAAGAAGGGCUGGUUGAACACUGCAAAGCGCUGCACAGCAUGGAUGCAAAACAAGUGGUUUGCCCGAUCUGUGCCUCAAUGCCAUGGGGAGAUCCGAAUUACAGGAGUGCUAACUUCAUGGAGCACCUGCAGAGGCGACAUCGCUUUUCCUAUGACACCUUUGUGGAUUAUGAUGCUGAUGAAGAUGAUAUGAUGGAACAGGUUUUGAUGCGUUCUUUGAGGGAUAAAUGAUCCAACUAGAAGAUUACCUGUAAAACCAAGCUUCCACAAGGGGGAAAUGCCCAGCAUCCUUGCACUUCUCCCUGCACAUCUCAAGAUUAACUCAGGCGUCCAGAAAUAUGGAAGACUUUAAUCCUAUCUCAGUUUCAAAUCCUGGUUUGAUAUUUCUGUACCACUCAAGUCUUUUGGUAUCAUGGUCUCUGCCAUUCAGCCCUGUCAGCCUCAUUUUUCUACUUGCUUCACACAAAGCUUAAUUGUAGAUCACCAUGUGGGAACUCAAUAUUUUUCCUUUCCCUAUGCCCAUUUCUUGGUUUCUUUGGCAGUUGUGUUCAUCUGACUGCCUAAAAACAGGAACAUUCCAAACGGAGUGGCCUGAACUAGUUAAUAAAUAUCUCUUCCCAAUCUCAUUUACAUAUCCCAAGUGAUAGUAUGUGAGGUGUAUUUGUAGCUCUGUUUCCCUUUAGUGAGACUUCCAGGUGCUAACUGUAACUGUCAGACCAGCUCUCAUUUAAAGUGACCUCUGAUACCUGUGAUUCCAUAAUGUUUCCCAGUGUUUCAGUCCUCACAGGCAGCCUCCUAUCUAUAUGGAAAACAUAUCCUCAGUAUGAGUCCUCAAACAAAUCUUUGCACUGUGUAAACAACUAGUCCAAAAUACUUCUGUUCUAUGCAUGAUGAUUACUUUCCUCCCUACUCUUACUAUAAAAUUUCUAGCCUGGAAAA